AUGUCGUGGAUAGUGUCAGACUAUGACCCAGGAGGCGUGGGUUCAAAUCCUUGCUUGGCCAUGGAAACUCACCAGGUGGUGUGUGGUGGCCCUGAGUUGGGGACUUUGACAGAUAAUAUGUCGGUGCCCCAACAAGCUGAUGGAAUUUUUCAAAGUUACCGGAACGCCACCGAGGUGCAGAUGACUCAGCUCGUGCAGCCCGGGCACACCAACUACCGCGGCGAGCUCAGCGUUGGGCAGCUCCUGAAAUGGAUCGACACCGCAGCCUGCCUUUCUGCCGAGAGGCACGCUGGCUGCCCCUGCGUCACAGCUUCGGUGGAUGAUAUCUAUUUUGAGCACACAAUUAGUGUCGGGCAGGUUGUCAACAUCAAAGCAAAAGUGAACCGAGCAUUUAACUCAAGCAUGGAGGUUGGUGUACAAGUCAGCCAUGAAGAUCUCUGCAAUGGGGAACAGUGGAAUGUGUGCAAGGCGUAUGCAACUUUUGUUGCGCAAGGCAAGCCAACUGCUAAGAUCAAGUUAAAGCCCCUGGUUCCUCAAACAGAAGAGGAGAAAAUUGAAUACAGUGUUGCUGCUGAACGCCGGCGUAUGCGACUGGCCCACGCAGAUACAAUCAAAGGCCUUCUCUCUAAGAGCCCUGUGCAGUCUGAGCUGGAGACCAGAACCUGCCACUCAGUGGUACCUGCGGAAGAGACCCGAGUGGAAAGCGUGGAGCUAAUUCUGCCGCCACAUGCAAACCAUCAAGGGAACACGUUUGGAGGGCAAAUCAUGGCUUGGAUGGAAAAUGUGGCCACCAUAGCAGCAAGCCGAUUGUGCCAUUCUCACCCUACCCUGAAGACAAUUGAAAUGUUCCAUUUCAGAGGGCCAUCUCAAGUCGGGGAUCGCCUCGUCUUCAAGGCCAUUGUCAACAAUGCAUUCAAGUACAGCAUGGAGGUUGGGGUAUGUGUGGAGGCCUAUCGCCACGAGAUGGAAGUCAGCCGGAGACACAUCAACAGUGCCUUCAUGACCUUUGUGGCUUUGGACGAAGAGGGUCAGCCACGCACACUUCCAGUGUUGAAACCAGAACCAGGGGAUGGAGAAAGGCGGUUUAAAGAAGCUAGCGCUAGGCAAAAGAUUAGACUUGAUAGAAAAUAUGUAAUUUCCUGUAAGCACACAGAAGUACCUUUGUCGGUGCCGUGGGAUGAAAGUAACAAGGUGUAUCUGAGUUACAAUAAUGUUACAGCACUGAAGACAUUAGUUGCUAAAGCUGACUGGGUGCCUGCAUCUGAAAGAGACAAGUUCAAGAUGUACACACUGGAGGAGGACACGUUCCUCUCUAUCCGAAUAGAGAUGACCACCUCUAUUGAUGCCAUGCAAGCCUUUUUGCUGCUGUCAGAUCUCCAACGCAGACAUGAGUGGGACCGUCACUAUGCGAGUUGUGAACUUGUCCAACAAGUAGACAAAGAUGACAUGAUCUAUCAUGUCAUUAGCCAAACUAUGAGCGAGGAAAACAAGCCUCAAGACUUUGUUGUCCUGGUGUCACGAAGGAAACCAUGCAGCAAAGGUGAUCCAUAUGUUGUAGCUUUCAGAUCAGUCACAUUACCAACACAUCCAGCAAAGCCAGAGUAUACCCGAGGGGAGACUUUAUGUUCUGGCUUCUGUAUUUGGCAGGAAACAGAUGAGCUCGCCAAAGUGGCCUAUUAUCAUCAAGCCACUUCAGGUGUGUUGACGUACAUCACAACUAACAUUGCUGGCUUGUCCUCAAGUUUCCAUUCCACCUUUCAAGCUUGUGAACAGUUUCUCCAGAAGAACAAAGAUGAUGCCUGCAUUGAAGAAUAAAGAUGAUAUCACAGAGUCUCACGAUGAUCAUGAUUGUAAAUCUUUCUCUGUGUAUAUAAGAAAGAAAUUGGGGGUGGGAAAACAGACUUGUUCAAAUGGAUAUGCUACCUCGUCCACACUUAUGGAGAAAAGCCGUUUUGAUUCGUUUAUGAUUGGAAGGAGAAUUUCUAUGCAGGAGAAUUUAAUGAUCAAAACUUUCAUGAUUGUAGUGUGUGUGUGUGUGUGUGUGUGUGUGUUGUGUGUGUGUGUUUGUACAUUCUUUCAAGAAGCAAUAUGUGAAAAUUCUCCUUUAAUCUUGCAAGUUGAUAAUCACCUCUGUGUUGGCUUCUAUUGAAGUCUUGUGUUCAUUUGAUUGACAGGAGAACCUGAUGUAAAGGAAAACGUGAAAGUACUGUAUAUACUUUUCUGGUCACUUUUGUUGUCCUUGUGCAGCACACUAAGUAUUAGAAGAGGGGUAAACUUCUGCAUUAAAAAAACCCUGUAUCUUAAAAAUUGUACAAAAUAAUUACUUUUUAUAUAGAUAUGGGUGGUAGUUGAACCUGUUUUUAAAGUACAUUUUAACCAAGGGAAUUAAGAUUCACAAGAAUUCAGAAUGAACCUCUGUGGAAGAAAUGCCCUUUGUUGGCAGAAUCUACCGAACAAUAAUAGAAUUGGUGAGGGAUACUUCUGGGUUUUGAGUAAAAGCUUUUACUUCAAAAUAAUAUUUUUACACUACACAAACGCAGGAAGGUGCUCAGUUGUAUCACAUGUAAGAAUAAAUUUUAAACAUUA